GCCCUAGUAACCUUCGCAAAAAGGAAGAGAGGGGUUCCCCUUUUGGCCCUGGCCCAGUGACUUUGCUGUUUCUUCCUUGGAGAGACCUGGCUUUGGGCGAUGGGGGGAUAAGGGGAUUAGAGCAGUGGCUCUCAUAGGGUGGUCUGAGGGGCCCUGUGGGUCCGAAGAUCCUUUCAAAACUAGUUUCAUAGUAAUGGUAGGAUUUCGUUUCCCUUUCUUAACUCUCGCUGAAAUUUUCCAGAGAACUGAUGUGUGAUGACGUCAUCGCUCUCAUGACUAAAGGAAUGUGUGCUUGUAUUGUGUUUUCUAGAAUUUCCUAAGCUUCCAGAAUGUUCCACAUUUGUUGAAAACUACAAACAAACAUAUCCAAGAAUCCCAGUGAAUGCCAAGCAGCAUAAACACAAAGAAAACCACAUCAAGGCACUGCGGAAUCAAAUUUCUCAAAACUAGUGAUGCAGAGAAAAUCUUAAGUUAAGACUAAUCACUGCUUUCUCAUCAAAAACUAUGCAAACCAGAAGAUGGUGGAACAACAUCUCUAAAGCAUGGGAAGAAUGCUUUCAACCCAGAAUUUUAUACCCAGUGAAAAUGUCCUUCAAAGAUGAAGGCAAAAUGAAGACAUUUCAGAUAAGUGAAAGCCAAGAGCAUUCAUCACUAGUGAACUUGUACCACAAGGAAUGCUAAAAGAAGUUCUUCAGGUUAAAGGAAAAUGAUACCAGAUGGACACAAGAAUCUAUGCAAAGGAAUGAAGAGUACCAGAAAUGUUUUCUGACAUCAGAAGUGGUAUCCAAAGAAGACCCUCAACAACUCUGAGGCCAGUGAGCAACCACGUGCUGGUACCCACUGGGCCCAUUGAGCUCACCACUUUCUUGCCAACCUUGCAGUCAGCCUGAAUGUUGCUCUCUUUGCAUGUUGAGCUCUCGGAAUUUAUUGUGCAUACCUGUAUUCUGUUUGUUGAAGCUUCUUGAAGAAGAAAGGAAAAAGAAGAAGGCAAAACCUUAAUGAAUAUAGAAAGAUUCAAAAGGCUUUGUACCCUGAGCAAAGGGCUGCUUGCUCCCAGCAGAGGACUGACUCAAGGAUCUCAGAAUCCCGAGAAACAGAGAGUCUUCCACAUUCAUGAAGCAUGUUCACCAAUACAUGUGAAUCACGUUCGAGAUAAGUUGCGGGAGAUAGUAGGAGCAUCCACAAACUGGAGAGACCAUGUGAAAGCAAUGGAGGAAAGAAAAUUGCUUCAUAGUUUUUUGGCUGCGUCACAGAAAGGUCUGCCACCUAGGAGAAUGAAAGACAGUUACAUUGAAGUUCUCUUACCUUUGGGCAGUCAGCCUGAAUUAAGAGAGAAAUAUUUGACUGUUCAAAACACUGUAAGGUUUGGCAGGAUUCUUGAGGAUCUUGACAGCUUAGGAGUUCUUAUUUGCUACAUGCACAACAAAAUUCAUUCAGCUAAGAUGUCUCCUUUAUCAAUAGUUACAGCCCUGGUGGACAGGAUUGAUAUGUGUAAGAAGAGCUUAAGCCCAGAACAGGACAUCAAGUUCAGUGGCCAUGUUAGUUGGGUUGGGAAGACGUCCAUGGAAGUGAAGAUGCAUAUGUUCCAGUUACACGACAAUGAAUUUUCCCCUGUUUUGGAUGCGACAUUUGUAAUGGUGGCUCGUGAUUCUGAAAACAAAGGGCCGGCAUUUGUAAAUCCACUCACCCUUGAAAGCCCAGAGGAAGAAGAGAUCUUUAGACAAGGAGAAUUGAACAAGGGGACAAGGGUCGCCUUCAGCUCCAUGUCAUUACUGAAAAUGGCUCCCACUGCUGAGGAGAGGACAACCAUACAUGAGAUGUUUCUUAACACGCUGGAUCCAAAGACUGUAAGUUUUCGAAGUCGAGUUUUGCCUCCUAAUGCAGUGUGGAUGGAGAAUUCAAAACUGAAGAGCUUGGAUAUUUGCCACCCUCAGGAGCGGAACAUUUUCAAUCGAAUCUUUGGUGGUUUCCUUAUGAGGAAAGCAUAUGAACUUGGAUGGGCUACUGCUUGUAACUUCGGUGGUUCCCGACCAUUUAUAGUUGCCGUGGAUGAUAUCAUGUUUCAGAAACCUGUUGAGGUUGGAUCAUUGCUGUUUCUUUCUUCGCAGGUUUGCUUUACUCAGGGAAAUUACAUUCAAGUCAGAGUACACAGUGAGGUGGCCUCUCUACAGGAUAAAGAGCAUAUGACCACCAAUGUCUUUCAUUUCACGUUCAUGUCGGAAAAAGAAGUGCCCUUGGUUUUCCCCAGAACAUAUGGAGAGUCCAUGUUGUAUUUAGAUGGGCAGAGGCAUUUCAGCUCCAUGAGUGCACCAGUGACCUUGAAAAAGGACCACCUCAUCGAGCCCUAGGAAGACCGCGUUUGUUGAAGGCCAGUGCCCCACAGUGACACGGUGCCUGAUGAAGGCCUGAGCAAGUAUAUCGCUCUUAGUGUUUAUUCUCAUCCUCCAUAGAGAAGAAGGAUGUAUUCAGUUUUUAGGUUGAUCAGAAAAGUAGAAUGAGAGAAUGGCUGGGUGGGGCAGAGGGGGAAAGAAUUAUUGAAUAAUAAAUACUUUCAAGACAAUUUAAAUUGUGAACCUACCACGUUUCCUCCUGUCUACUCAGGAAAUGAGGGCUGAAUGCCUUUUUAUGUGACUGGACACAUUCUUUUCUUACACAUAUUGCAACCAUCAAUCUACAUGGUUUCCUGCCAGGGCAUUUGGAGGGCAUUCUUUAAACCUGACCUUUACUGCAAUUCCCCUGUAUUAUUUAAAUCCCAUCAACCCUGUGUGAUUCCUUUGUAUUUUUGCCUCCUUCUAUUUCCCAGCUUUUGUUGUUAGCAGAGGGUAGAUGAAAAGUUGGAGUAAAGGGAUUCAACAAAAGACACAGCAUUUGUAAGGAUUUGUGGGAAGCUUUAGAUCUGAAACAUACCAAGGAAACACAGAAGACCCCAAGUAGCCAAAGCAAUCUUGAGAAAGAAAAAUGGAGCUGGAGGAAUCAGGCUCCCCGACUUCAAACUAUACUACAAAGCUACAGUGAUCAAGAUGGUAUGGUACUGGCACAAAAACAGAAAUGUAGAUCAAUGGAACAGGAUAGAAAGCCCAGAGAUAAACCCAUGCACAUAUGGUCACCUAAUUUAUGACAAAGGAGGCAAGAAUAUACAAUGGAGAAAAGACAGCCUCUUCAAUGAGUGGUGCUGGGAAAACUGGACAGCUACAUGUAAAAGCAUGAAAUUAGAGCACUCCCUAACACCACCAUACACAAAAACUCCAAAUGGAUUAAAGACUUAAAUGUAAGAGCAGACACUAUAAAACUCUUAGAGGAAAACAUAGGAAAAACACUCUGACAUAAACAACAGCAAGUUCUUUUUUGACCCACCUCCUACAGUAAUGAAAAUAAAAACAAAAAUAAACAAAUGGGACCUAAUGAAACUUAAAAGCUUUUGCACAGCAAAGGAAACCAUAAACAAGAUGAAAAGACAACCCUCAGAAUGGGAGAAAAUAUUUGCAAAUGAAACAAUGGACAAAGGAUUAAUCUCCAAAAUAUACAAACAGCUCAUGGAGCUCAAUAUCAAAAAAACAACGCAAUUAAAAAAUGGGUGGAAGACCUAAAUAGACAUUUCAGCAAAGAAGACAUACAGAUGGCGAAGCGGCACAUGAAAAGAUGCUCCACAUCGCUAAUUAUUAGAGAAAUGCAAAUCAAAACUACAAUGAGGUAUCACCUCACACUGGUCAGAAUGCCCAUUAUCAAAAAAUCUAGAAACAGUAAAUGCUGGAGAGAGUGUGGUGAAAAGGGAACCCUCCUGCACUGUUGGUGGGAAUGUAAAUUGAUACAGUCACUAUGGAGAACAGUAUGGAGGUUCCUUAAAAAACUAAAAAUAGAACUACCAUACGACCCAAGCAAUCCCACUACUGGGCAUAUACCCUGAGAAAACCAUAAUUCAAAAAGAGUCAUGUACCAAAAUGUUCAUUGCAGCUCUAUUUACAAUAGCCAGGACAUGGAAGCAACCUAAGUGUCCAUCAUCAGAUGAAUGGAUAAAGAAGAUGCGGCACAUAUAUACAAUGGAAUAUUACUCAGCCAUGAAAAGAAACAAAAUUGAGUUAUUUGUAGUGAGGUGGAUGGACCUAGAGAUUGUCAUACAGAAUGAAAUAAGUCAGACAGAGAAAAACAAAUACUGUAUGCUAACGCAUAUAUAUGGAAUCUAAAAACAAAAAUGGUACUGAUGAACCUAGUGGCAGGACAGGAAUAAAGAUGCUUUAUAGAGAAUGGACUUGAGGACAUUGGCGGGUGGGGGGAAGGGGAAGCUGGGGUGUAGUGAGAGUAGCAUUGACACAUAUACACUAAAUAGCUAGCUAGUGGGAAGCAGCCGCAUAGCACAGGGAGACCAGCUUGGUGCUUUGUGACCACCUAGAGGGGUGGGAUAGGGAGGGUGAGAGGGAGGCUCAAGAGGGAGGGGAUAUGGGGAUAUAUGUAUGCAUGUGGCUGAUUCACUUUGCUGUACAACAGAGAGUAACAGCACUGUGAAGCAAUUAUACUCCAAUAAAGUUGUAUCAAAAAAAAAAAAGGAACCAUGCCAAGAGGAGGUGUUCACAGAUGGUGAAUACAGGAGACACAGGACCAAGUGUUCAUUCCUCCAUUCACCUGACAGCUCUUCAGCACACUCUGCUAGGGGCUGGGCAGCAUAUAUCUGAUUAACAAACAUGAACAGUAAUAAUAAUUACAGAUGCUUAUGCUCAUAGAGCGCUUGCCACUUGCUAGAUAGGCACUCUCUUAAGCACUUGACGUGUUUACUUCUUCCACCAACACUAUGAGGUAGGUUCUGUAACCCGCUUGUAGGGUUUGGCCACUCAGGAAUCUGAAGCAUAGAGAGGUUGAUAAUUUGCUCAGACUCCCGCAGCUAGUAGAUGGUGGUGCUGGGAUUCACACUGCCUGGUUCAGAAGUAAACGGUAAAGCUGGGAAUGUAUUGAUAGUAAGGGAGGCUGUACCCAAUGUCACAGUGCCACCUAGGAACCCAAAGGGACGUAUUCCGACGAGUCUGCAGCCAAGACCCAGUUUCUCCUUUGAUGGGAUGGGAAGUUGAUCAAGUUCAGAAGAGGGAGAAACCAGGCUGCACAGAGGGAAAGAAUUCAUCUCUGAAAAGGUCCUCCCAGGAAAGAAACAGUCUUGAGUAUGGGUUCUAAACACAAAGCAGUCACAAACUUGGCUCUGCGUCAGAAUCGGCUGGAGUGCUUUUAAAAAAAUUUGUAUUAAUUUAAUGUUUAUUGAAAUCACAGUUAAUAUGAAUGAGCACUUCUGGCAUAAAUAGUCAUGGGAACAAACAACUACUCUGGAGGCGUGCAGUUGGACUCAUGGCACCCAGCGUGUGCUGCACCGUAAGCUUGCUAGCAUCAGUCCUCGCCCCCCUCGCUGUACUUACUACCAUCCUAAGCUUCACCUGGCCCUUCAGUACAGCAUUUUGCAGAUCUGCCUAUAACCCGGUGAGGUCCCUGAGCUGCCUCGCAGGAAGGGACGGCCCUGGGGAGUCGUGUGAACGUGUUAAGCGGAGUUCAGUUAAGAAACCUACUGCAUGGUGGUGUAUAGAUUGUACGUUAUGCAUUUAACCACUGAGUGCUGUACACGGAAGCUUUUGCAAGAACUUUUCUCGCUGUUGUAAGAAAUGUUGCAGUAAAUAUCCUAAAACUAAAACAUUUAAUCAUUAAACUAUUUCCUUUGGAAAAUUGUUGAUAAGUGAUCUGUAGGUCAAAAUCGUAUGCACACAUUCAAGGCUUUGAAUGGUUCACGUAUCCCUCCAGAGCAGUUGUACACAUGCACUUAACUCAUUAGCAAUUUCCCUGAACUUGGCUGAAUUUUAUCCUUUACUUUUUAAAAAAAAUUUAUUUUAUUUAUUUUUGUCUGUGUUGGGUGUUUGUUGCUGUGUGCAGGCUUUUUCUGGUUGCGGUGAGCGGGGGCUAAUCUUCGUUGCACUGCGCGGGCUUCUCAUCGCAGUGGCUUCUCUUGUUGCAGAGCACAGCCGGGCUCUAGGCACGUGGGCUUCAGUAGUUUUGGCACGCGGGCUCGGUAGUUGUGGCUCGUGGGCUCUAGAGCGCAGGCUCAGUAGUUGUGGCGCACGGGCUUGGUUGCUCUGCGUCAUGUGGGAUCUUCCUGGACCAGGGCUUGGACCUGUGUCACCUGCAUUGGCAGGCGGAUUCUUAACCACUGCACCACCAAGGAAGCCCUUAUCCUUUACUUUUUAAAACAUCUUUGCCAUUUUAGUAGGUGAAAAAUGACAUUCAUUAAUUGCCUUUCUUUGAAUUCUAUUGAGACUGAACUCUUAAAAAAUUGCUUAUUGUCUUUUUAGUUAAAUUACUUGUUCAAUUAAUUUUGAAUAUCAGAUUUUUAAAUCAAAAUAUGUUUUCUACCAGUAAAAGUUUUUAUAAGAGCUAGAGAUUUUUUUAUUUUUAAUACAGGACUUUAAGAAGAUGAGAUGAAGGAAACUCCAAGGGAUAUACAGUAGGUUGUCGAUGUUUAGUGUUUUGUUCCUCUUCUUUAAGGAGUAGUGGGCUUUUAACCAGUACCAGCACUGCUACUUGUCUAGCACAGAACCUCCUAAUGUGGGUUGGACAUAGUUUUGUAUUGAAUAGUCCAUGCUGAGAUACCCCAUUUUACAUCAGGCAUUUAUUACCAAGUUCUUAGUUUUUGCUUAGGUAGUUCUUCACUGGGCAGUCUUCGAGGAUGGUGUCUUUAUUUUUGGUUUCUUUAGAAGAGUUCACUUCACGCUAGUAUGCUCUGCACUGUGUUCCGUGUGCCCAUGUGGUCCUGUGGCUCCAUUUCUCGUGGUAGCCCGAGUAUUCUGCAUGUCUACGUGUUCCCUUUGCUACUGGCAUUCUCUAUACCGUCUGCUCUUUCUCCUCUCUGUGAAUAGAGCCAGUAGCUUGAGUCCUGAAAAACUGAAGUUUGCCUUCCACCCCCGCCCCAGGGAGUUCAGCAUUUUAUUUUUCUUUUCAAUGAAUUUGGGCAGAGAAAAAGGCCUUUCAUCUUUCAAAAGACACAUUUGAUUCUGUGGGGUGGCUGGGCUCACCUGGGAGGUUCUUCUGCUUUGUGUGGCAUUGGCUGGGGUCACUCAGGCAACUGUGCUCACCUGGGAGCUCGUCAGGGGCUAGACCAUCUGGCACAUCAGCUGGGGAGGCUGGAACGGAUGGGGGCCAGCCAGGCCUCUCUUAAGAGGCUAGUUGGACUUCUUAAAUGGUGGUGCGCGGGCUCCAUGAGCAAACAGCCAGAUUCCCAGCUCCUAACUACGUCAUCCUCCUGCUUCUCAAAGCCAUUUUUGUGCAGAGUGAUCAAUGGUGUCAUGGAAGUUCACAAAGAUGAUCACUGGGGAGAGGCGACUGGUUGGAUGAUUGAAAGGCCGCUGGUAAGAAAAAACAGUUUCAAAAAGCAGUGGUAUCUAGGGCUGGAUGGCAAGGGGCUGAGUAAUUCCAAGCAUCCAACUCUCUUUCCUGGGUGAAGUCCUUGGACACUGGUGAGAUGCUCCUUCAUAAACAUUUUAUAUGUUUAUAUUAUAAACAACUUAAUACAAUAUAUGAUUUUAUAAAAUGUCUUAAACAUUUUAUUGACAAGUAACAUUAGGAGAUACUGCAUCGGAUACCUCUCCUCUGGUAUUUUAUAAUGCGUAUUAGCUUACAAAAAACUGAAAAGUAGGGCCAUUAGAACACCUGUUUAAGUUUUUAUGUCAGCUUUUGUGAAACUUAUUUGAUCAUGGACUUUGUUGUUGUUGUUAAUACCUAUGAAUAAAUGGAACACACUAGGAGUUUUAGUACCUUUUACAGAGCCGGGAUUACACUCUGUAUUCUAUUGUCUGAGGGGUAAAUCGUUAUGCCCUCUUUUGCUAUGAAGAAUCAAGUAUUAGUAUUAUGUUCCUUAAAAACAAAUUUAGGGCAGCAUUUUAGAUCUCACUGACUUUCCUGCUUUCCAGGGUUGGCAGUCUUGCUUUUCAACAGGAGCAUAAUUUCUUGCUGUCACUGCUGAUGUUUUUUAAAACGUUAACUUGUAACAAUGCGUUUAACUUUACAACAAAUUCUGAAUAGUAAUUUUUUAGCAUUAUGCUCCUUUAUAGAUUACAAGAGGGAGGUGAAAGGAAGUGCAUCAGGAAGAUGGUGAAGGUUAGUUCAUAAGAUAUUUGCCUCCAUUUUGAUACAGAGAAUAUAAGUUUGUGUUAUUCUGUUUCUGUAUAAGAACCUCAAGCUCAAAUUCAGUGCUUUAUGCUUUAAUAUGAAAACAUUUGGAAGUAAUUACGGAUUCUUUAUUUGGUAAUAUAGAACCCCAUGAACUUGUAUGUUAGUGCAGUGUAGGAAAAAAUCAGUCACAGUAUAUAAUCAUAAAAUAAGAAAUUUUAUAUAUGGCUAACACAUAUUGGAUUCUUAGCACUGUGCUAAUGACAUCAAAAUGUAUUUUCUAAUUUAAUCCUUAGAAUCAGCCUUUGAGGUCAAUACCAUUAUUACCCACUUUUUCAGAUGAGGAAAGUGAGACUUAGAGAGGGAAAGUAACUUCCCACAGCCCACCUUGUAACUGUAUAUAGGUGGGGUUAGGUGGGGUAGGCCUAGACUAGGUCUAGAAUCUUGGCCCUUUGCCACAUUUCAUAUAUAUUUUCUCAACCAGUGUGAUAAAGGGUUAACUUGUGAGAUAAACACACACACACACGCACACACAUACACAGACACAUACAUGAGAAUACAAUCUGGUCUCAACCAUAAGAGACAAGGAUGGCUGAAAUAUUUUGGGCAUUUGUUUUCAUUUGCUCUUAGAGAAAAACUUUUGCUGCAGUUGUGAUUGACUCUAAAUUGACUUGUGAAUGUUUUCUGUCCCUCCCUGGGCAACAAAUAAUGAACUACUUUAAAAUAGAUAACAAGAAAGAGGAAUUAAAAAUAGGGAUUCGGCAAGUUCAAAAGCGGAUUUAAGGGCUUCCCUGGUGGCGCAGUGGUUGAGAGUCCGCCUGCUGAUGCAGGGGACACGGGUUCGUGCCCCGGCCCGGGAAGAUCCCACAUGCCGCGGAGCGGCUGGGCCCGUGAGCCAUGGCCGCUGAGCCUGCGCAUCCAGAGCCUGUGCUCCACAACGGGAGAGGCCACAACAGUGAGAGGCCCGCGUACCGCAAAAAAACAAAAAACCCCAAAAAAACGGAUUUAAGGACCCCUGACCAGUCACGUUGCUUCUAGUAAAACUGUUGUAUCGUGGGAUUAUUUUGAUCUAAGGGGAUCAAUCUGAGGUGGAUUUGGGGUCAUUUGGUCCAGCAGGUGGGUUUUGGGCAGGCAGUGUGACGUGGGAGGAGUGCUGCUGGCUCGAAUUCUGGCUCUUAGGCACCUCUGAGGUCUCAACUAUGUCUGCAGCCAGCUAGUUCAGGGCAUAGGGUAGAGGAUUCAUCUCUUUGGGUUCUGUUUCCUUCUCCAUAAAAGGAGAGACACCUUUCUCAUUCCAGAGUUUCCUGAUUUAGACCUAUUUCCCUUCACUUGAUUUGCUGUUUGGUUAGAGAAAUAUUUUAAUGACUAUAUUGCACAUAAUUUAAAAAAUCAAGUUCCAGUUAAGAUGUGUAUGCUAAGAAAAAAAAGGAUCUUCAGAAUAAAACAGGACCUUCUCAAAACCAUUCAGUAAGCCAGAGGCAUUGAUGAAAGUAAUACCUCAGAGGAAGGAUUGUAGUAACAAAAGAAAGGGUAGGAUAUUUUUGUUUUUUUUGUCACAGAAAUUGUGUACCUUUAAUAGAGGGAAUAGUAUGGCUAAAACAAAUGAACUGUACCAUAAUGGAAGGAAAAUUACAUGACAGGGUAUUGAUAUGCCAGGCAUUUACUGUAUCCUGAUUUUGUUUAUACACACACACACAUAUAUAAAUUUAAAUUUAUAUUUUAUAUGUAUGUAUUUGUUAAAAAAAAAAGUGACCCAUUAGUAGGCCAUGAAAUUUAGUGGGUUGUGGCCAACAUGACAAAAAUAAAAGAAUGCAUCACCCAUAGUAAGUAUUGUGUAACUUGUUAUGCACGUGCAUGGUGCACAUGCACAUUUAUGGGUGUGCUAGGUCACAGUGUAAAAUAUACAUCUAAAUGGGUCAUGGUCAUUAAUGGAAGGGGUUCUCUCAGUACACAUUAACAUGCUUCUUUGAGUUGUACUUAGUUUUGAUUGGUCUGAAUUUAGAAGUUUUUUUUCCAUUUUUUCCUCUAAAUUAGAUUGGUUUAAAAACAAAAAUCGUUUGAGUUAGUUGAUGCCCUUUUAGUUUAUUCUGACAGGGUGCCUCAGGACAAGGGGAUUUCGGUGUGCUGGGAGCCAUCUCAUGGGCUUUGGGUUACAGUGCAACAUAACUCCCUUUGAUAGAAAACUUGCAAAUCCUUUUUCUGAUGUCCUGGCUGAGCUGCACAAAUGGCCAGAACUUGAAGUUAACAAACCCAGGCCUGCAGAUUCAAUUCUUACCUUCUAUCCUUGGCCAUACACUGGACCCCUGAAUCUAGCCAAUCAACUCUAUAGUGUGUGCCAUCUCCCAGUAGAUGAUCACGAGAGAGGAAGACCAGUCAACGCUUUGUCUCUUGAGGCUGGGUCACAAGCACUGCCUUUUCAUUUAUUUUUUUAUUUUAAAUUUAUUUUAGUUUUGGCUGCAUUGGGUCUUCAUUGCUGUGUGUGGGCUUUCUCUAGUUGUGGAGAGCGGGGGGGCUACUUUUUGUUGCCGUGCACGGGCUUCUCACUGCAGUGGCUUCUCUUGUUGUGGAGCACGGGCUCGGUAGUUGUGGCACGUGGGCUCAGUAGUUGUGGCUCACGGGCUCUAGAGCACAGGCUCAGUAGUUGUGGCGCAUAGGCUUAGUUGCUCCACAGCAUGUGGGAUCUUCCCGGACCAGGGCUCGAACCCACGUCCCCUGCAUUGGCAGGUGGAUUCUUAACCACUGUGCCACCAGGGAAGCCCCAAGCACUGCCUUUUUGUAUAAGGACAGUACACUGGCAGGAGAUACAGCCUUCAGUGGACGAAUAGCAAAUGGGCUUAUUCCUCCCCUCCUGUGACACAUUCCAUCAUCCCUAUAUUUCCUUGUUAUUGCUCAUGCUGGCCUUGGAGCCAACACAGGUGUCAGCAUUUUUAGCAUUUAUUCACUGUAUUGCUCUUUUUACAUGCUGAUUUUGGGAAACUGUGGGCUUCUUGAGGGAACGGAUUGUGUCGUAUCUUUUUAUCUGUAUUGCGUAGCAAAGUACAUUGCAUGUGUGCAGGUCGUUAAUAACUUCCAUAUGAAUGAAUGUAUGAUUCAGGUGAAUUUGGGCGUUUGACUUUUUUGUUAAUUUAAAAAAUUUAAGCUUAAGGCUCAGGAAGGUGGAUCUUUAAAAAUUUUUUUUUAGGAUUUUACUUGUGUACAGCAUUAUGCCCAAAUUGCGUUAUUACAUUAAUAAUGGAAUUGCUAAAAGUUGCUUUGCUGUCUAAGACUAAAUACACAGUAGCUAUGAUAUUUUAUUUCCUUUUAAAAGCUAAGUAAAAAAUUUAAUUUUAUAGACGUGUGUAUGUAUAUGUGUAUGUGUAUGUAUAUGCAUGUAUACACAAACAUUAAUAUUUAUACACACCCCCACACACACUGGCAUGGAGACCUUUAUGGACAUAUUUACCUGAAAUACACAUUUCUUCACAUUCUUAUGUUAAGAAUUCUACUCAAAGAUAUUUCAGUGACAUAACAUCAGAAUUCAUGGGUAACAAAAUACAAGGAUGCAUUCCAUGGUAUCAUAUGGGGGGGUUAGGGUAUAAAAAUAUCAUUAAUAAAAUAGUGGUUAAUGUAUUUAAGAACAAAAUAUAAAACCUGGAAGUCUACUGACAUAGAAAGUUUAGGGUGUAGGAUUAAAUGUGCCCUUGGAUAUAGAAGAAAUGAUGGGGGUGGGGAAUGAUUCCUUGCAUGAGAUUCUGGGGACUAAGAAAUCCCCGAAAGAGCAGUCCACUCUGAUCAUUGUAAAGGUCAGAACACUGGCUAGGCUUAACUGGGAAAUAUUCAACAGAAGGUCAGAAAUUUGAGGGAGAAGCAGGGAAUCACAGAUGUUAUUCAUAUAUAUGUAAGUGCACCGAAAAGACAUUGCCUAGUAUGUUUCAUAGAGACUUCGGGCCACCUCUUGACCUAUUAUUUUGGAUAAGCUUCUACUGUCACGUCAUGGUCUGUCCUCCUCUUGCACAGGUAGCUACUAAACUAUACUGGUCUCCUUUCCAUAAUCUGUUGGCAACUGUCCCUAGAGAAGGGUUUCUCAACCUCACUUCUAUUGACAACUUGGACCAGAUAAUUGUGUUGUAUGUUCUGUGCAUUGUAGGAUGUCUAGCAGCAUCCUUGACAUGUACCCACUAGAUGCCAGUAGCAUUCCCAUAGUUGACAACCAAAAACAUCUCCAGACAUUACUAUGUCCCUUGGGAAAAUUGUGCCCAGUUGAGAACCACUGCUGUAGAUUACGGUAGGUCAGCAUGUUUGGGAGUUGUCUCUUGUAGCUCAUCCUGGUCAGGCCUGGGCCCAUCCUCUCCAGCAGAGCAGGGGACUGUGCUUUUGGAACACUCUUUCUAGCCUUCUGUAAAUGGCCACAUGAGAUCAUCUUUAGGGUAUACUUUUGGGCCUGUGGACUUUCAGAAGUCAGCUGUUUGAAGGGAUAAAAGGCACUGAGGAGUGCAUUUAUAGGCUAUUAACAUUACCCAGUUAAUAUGAAAAGUGGUGAGUCAGGAUGUAUUUUCACUUAUUUGUAGGUACCUGGAAAUUAUACUAUUAGGACCUGCUUGUAAUCAAAUACUAAGCUCUUUGAGGGCAGAAAUUUGUCUUCGGUCACUGAUAUAUGCCAGGUGUUUACAGUAGGUGAUCAAUAGUUCCUGAAAGUUGAAUGAAAACAUUAAUGACUGGCUUUUUUGAAUGGAUCCAAAAAUAGCUGUCUUCCUUGUAAACAUACCUAAAAUGAACAUGAGGCUAGAAAAGCUCCAAAGAAUGGAAACUAUUAAUCAAGAAGAUAAAGCUUAUUCCAUGAGUAAAAAAAUUUGUACUUUUCAGAUUGGAAAGAGGAAACCUGAGAAUAAGAUUCCAAUUGUAUUCCAAGUAUUGAUUGACAGGAUUAUCACAAACCUGUCUGAACACCAAAGUAGUAGCAGUCUUCAACUUUACUAAUAGUUGGCUUCUAAAAUGUUGACUGUAAGGUAGCACUUAGAACAUACUUUGCUAUGGCAAAGGGUUAUAAAUGGCAGUUGAAUUCCUGUGUCCACGUCUGAAUGCCUGUCACUAAUCCCCUGCCGUUUAUGACAGAACUCAGAGCGUCAGCCAGGAGGCCAGGGACAUCCCCAACUCUAGGACGGCCUCCCCUGGGGCGAGGGGCUUUUUGCGAGUGUUGAGAGGGGAUUAGCGUGGCAGACAGGACGAGGCAGAUGCUCUCGGGUCCCAGUUCCCUUAAACUACAUGGCAUGUAUAUAACUACAGUAAAGCCAUUGCCAUACUGGGGUGACGAAGUACCACUGGAGUUCAGCUGUAUAUGUGGUCAUUUGUGAACAGCUGGCUACAUAUACUUAGGGAUUCAACUUGUGUUAAACUAAAUACCAUUUUUUUUUUUUUUUGGCUGCACCACGUGGCUUGCAGGAUCUUAGUUCCCCGACCAGGGACUGAACCCGGGCCAUGGCAGUGAAAGCCAGAAUCCUAAACACCAGGCCACCAAGGAACUCCCAUUGUUAAUAUAAACAUGUAAGUUGUUACUUAUAAAUUUAGUACAAGCUGUAAAUGUAAAUUUAGAAAAAAGGAGUAACCAAGGGGCUUUAUGUUGUAUACAGAGAGUCUGGGGUUCACCGUCCCUACCAGACUCUAUAGAAGGUGACUGUGCUCACAACCUAUUCUUUCCUGCCACCCUCAAAGGUACAGAGAGGUGAGCCACAGUGGAGUGGUAACAGCCCCGAAACUAGAAAUUAGCCUGUCUGGGUUCAAAGACUGAGUCUACCUUUGCUACCUAGCUGUUUCCUUAUCUGUAAAAUAAAGAAUUCAAAGAGUUCCUGUGAGAAUUAAGUGAAAUAAUACACCUAACCUCCUAACACAAUGCCUGGUAGAUGGCACGUACUCCAUAAAUGUUAGUUAUUACUCUUGUUACGAGUUUGAGUCAGUCUGACAUUUUUGUAUUUUGGAAAGAUAGAGAAUAACUGCCUACCUUUUGGCAUCAGUGUCUACCAAACACUUAAUAUCUUUGGACCCUGACAUGGAUUUUUAUAUUAUUCAAGAAAUUACUACUGCAACACAAUGUGGUAACAAAACAGUGAACUUUACUGAGAAGUUUCAAACAUCAUGACCUGAGGAAGUAUUUUUCAGUUCAGUUUAUCAAAAUACUUCAACUUUCCGGCUGGAUCUGGGAUUAUCUGUUAAAGAAAAAAAGCAAAUUAUUCAUUUUAAAAGCCAAAGUAUAUCAACAGUAGUCUGACAUUAGUUGCGUAUCUCUUGACUAAAGAUAAAGAUUAUUUUGUGUACCAAAUUAUAUCAUAUAUAUUUAGGAAAAACCGGAUUUGUCCGGCUAAUCUCAGCUCUCCCAGAAGGCAGAUAAUUUGCUAGUAAAUUAACAUCUGUACUCAAGCACCUCAAAUUUACUUACAGCUCUUCUCUUUGCCACCAGGCUUUCAUGGCAUCUUCAGGUAUGGUGUAAAAUCAAACAUGUUAAGAGAGCAUGGCUACAGAUGUUAAUGUAUUUUUAAAAUUAUCUGCUGAUGAAGUGAUGGUAUGCUACAACCUGAAAAGGGGGCAGUGGGUUCAAAUGGAUUGCUUGGAGGUCCAGAACUGUAACCUUUUAAUCUCAAACCGCAAAGUAAAAGAAGUACUCUAAAAACAACGCGAGUACCUAUUUAGUGAAUGGACAAAUACUCUGAAAGAAAAAGUGUUCCCUCCUAGAGCGUUACAGCCUUAGAAACCACCUAGGUUUCUAAUUUCUCACAUUAACUGUUACUUGCUAGUUACAGGUAAAGUACAUUUAUCGCUAUAUAAAAAAAUAACCUUGUACUUUAUUGUAAUCAGCUUAUGAUAGUUCUAUAUGCAUUUUCUUCAGCAUAAAAUAAAUGUUACCUAAUUUCAGGCAUCACUCCAGGAGUAUUUUGUCUUUGCCAAUAUAUAAUCUCUCUGCAUUCCAAUUCAAUUCAAGAGUACUUAUGGCAUAACAACUGGGUGCCGACAGUAUGCUGCACAGUGGGGGAUCCAGUGGUAACCACCGAAGUCCCCGCCUUGGAGGCUCGUACAAGCACGUGGGGAAGAUGUACGUGUACAUAACUGCUUUUGAUGCAACACACAAAACUAGGACACAGGCUCUGUCUCAACAGAGGCUGAGAUGGCAUCAGGGAAGGCCUCAGAGUGGAAGUAGCAUUUAAGUUGGUCUUGAAAGAAGAAUUUGGGGAAUUUAGGGAAGGGGAGAGAGGUACUCCAGGCUACAGAAAGAAAGACCUGAGCAAAGGCACAAAAGCGUGACAGAGUAGGGCUUAGUUUGGGGAAAGAUGAGUCACGUGAUUUGGUGGGAGCAUAGCAUGUGUGCAUGUGUCUGUGCGUGUGUGAAUCAUGGGAUGAUGACCAGGGAGAGGCAGUGAAACGAGAGAAUGCAGAAGCUUGAAGGCUGUGCCCGAGCAUGAGGACUUUGUACUGCAGAGCCACUAAGAGGUUCCGGUCUGCAGAAUGACAUGUGUUGGAGAGGAGAGAAACUGAGGUCGGGGAGACAAAUCAGGCGGCCUGUGCAAUAGAGAUGAAAAAUUCAUCUGUCUUCAAAGAAACGCCACCACCAAACCUUUUCUGAUCCUACACCCCCCCCUCUCCAGCUGUUUUCUUUCCUUCUUUCCUUCUUGCCCUAUCCUCAAACCACCUGCUGCCCUCCCUGUGGUCACGAGGGACUCCACAUUGCUCAGUCAACUCAUGGGACUCCAACCCUCUGUGCACUGGGACACUGGCGUCCUCUCCCAUUCCCACAGCUCAGCGUUCUGCCCGCGUCAACCCUUUCUGCUCCCCCGCCACGCUGAGCCGCUACUGGCCUCAGGGCCUCUGCCCCUGAUGCUCUUUCUGCACGGCUCCAUGCACGACUGGCUCCCUUUCUUCACUCACGUUUCAGCUCAAAUAUCAUCUGAAAAGUCUUUCCUGACCACUUUAUCCCCAUCCCAGGCACUGUCUCACCAACUCCCAUCAACCUGUUUCUAAAAGCAUUGGCCACAACUGAAAUUAGAACGUAACUCUGAGGGAUGGGACAUUGGCUAUGGUGUUCACUAGUAAGUAUCAUCUGGCUAUCAUCCAAGUUCGAAUAGUUGCCAUAUAGCAGGUGCUCAAGGAAUGUCUGUUGAAUGAAUGCCCAUAAAAACAGAGUAGAAUGGUGGUUGCCAGGGGCUGGGGCUGGGGGAAAUGGGGAGACGCUGGUCAAAGGGUAUAAGCCUUCAGUUUUAGGAUGAAUAAGUUCUGGGGAGCUGAUGCACAGCACGGUUGACUAUAGUUAAUACUGUUGGUAUACCUGAAAUUUGCUAGAAGAGUAGAUCUUAAGCCAUCUCACCCCACACAAAAAAGGCUAACUGUGAGAUGAUGGAUUUGUUAAUUAAUCUGAUUGUUUUCAACUAUAAUCUCUUCAAAUAUUUUCUCAGACCCUUUCUUUUGCUCUUCUUCUUCUGGGACCCCUAUAAUUCAAAUGUUGGUGUGUUUAAUGUUGUCCCAGAGGUCUCUGAGACUCUCCUCAAUUCUUUUCAUUCUUUCUUCUUUCUUCUGCUCUGCAGUAGUUAUUUCCACGCUUUUAUCUUCCAGGUCACUUAUCUGUUCUCCUGCCUCAUUUAUUCUGCUAUUGAUUCCUUCUAGAGAAUUUUUAAUUUCAUUUAUUGUGUUGCUCAUCAUUGUUUGUUUGCUCUUUAGUUCUUCUAGGUCCUUGUUAAACGUUUCUUGUAUUUUCUCCAUUCGAUUUCCAAGAUUUUGGAUCAUCUUUACUAUCAUUACUCUGAAUUCUUCCUCAGGUAGACUGCCUAUUUCCUCUUCAUUUGUUUGGUCUGGUGGGUUUUUACCUUGCUCCUUCAUCUGCUGUGUGUUUCUCUGUCUUCUCAUUUUGCUUAACUUAAUGUGUUUGGGGUCUCCUUUUCACAGGCUGCAGGUUCGUAGUUCCCAUUGUUUUUGGUGUCUGCCCCCAGUAAGCCAGAUUUUCUUAAAAGCUUUUAAUAUACACUGAUGGUUUUGCUUGUGACUGUCUUCUUUGCCCUGAAUUGAUUCUACCACGUCUCCACUGUCCCCCUCCCCUUUUUUAAUGGUAUCUUUCUCUGUAUACUUGGCUUUAAAAUUCACAGCGUCAGGCCCCAUCUUCUGCUUUCCCAGUUGCAGCUACUCUCCGUACAGUCCAAAGAAUGCCUGUAGUCUUAUGAGUUCUGCCUAGCAAUGUUUACUUCAUUUACAAAAUCAAGGGAGUUCUUUUACAAGGAAAGAUUAUCCUAGGGUUGGCUUUUUUUUUUUUUUUUUUUUGCCCCUGCCAUCCUCUUAACAGAAAAAUCAAUUUGACUUACUGUUUCACUACCAGGUUUCCAUCCUGCAGGGCAGACUGAAAGAAACAAAAAUUGGCAAAAGACAGUUUAAAAACAGAGUUCAGUUCUCUUUAGCAGCUCUUGUGUUUUCUUUUUCCAAAUGAAACUGAAAAUAGAGCCUAUAUUAAUGAGAACAUUGCUACAGGACAGUUGACUUCUGUUAGCUUACUGGCUUGCAGCCAGAAAUUUUAGUCAUGGAGCUUAUCAGCAGGCAGCUAAUCUAUUUUCACUUUUGUCAAUUAUGUUUAGUUACAUUUACAAUAGAAGAAACCAAAUUGAGUGUUCCUCUAAUACAGUUGGAAAGUUUGGGAAUCUGGUAAACUGAAAGGUCUUGGUAGAGCAAAAAUUCCUUGAAUGUACAUUCCCUUAAGCUUAUCUGCUAUGUCCUGCAGUAUUUUGUACUGAUGCCAUGGUUCACUGUUUGUCCAAAAAGACUUUAACAUUAUUUGGAAGGUAGGAUUUCCCCUUGAUUUAGAGUGCACCCUGACUCAGGCACUGACUUACACGUUUGAAAGGAAUAUAUAACAUGUGUUCUAUUUUAAGAAGAUCUGACCUCUUCCAUUUGGCUACUACAAAAACUUGAAGUGAAAGGAUGAAAUGACAGGUUACCAGUGUGAUACUGAAUAACCUUAAGGAUUUCUGAAUUACUCUGAGGAAAAAAAGCUAAAUCAAAUAAUGUAAACAUGCAAAUAAAACCUACGUUACUAGAUACUGCCAGAUUGGCUGGUGCAUUUUAAGUUUAUAGAAACAUAAUUUGGAAAAUUACAGUAGCAGAAACUUCUCUGAGCUUAACCAAAAGGACUAUGAACAUAAUAUUUUGUCCAUCGUAUUCAGUAAGUAGAAAAUAUUAGUGAUAUUUUGUUAAAAGCACUUUAAAUUAUAAUUUGAUCUGCUUAAAAGACCUAAUAAUCUGAAAACAAUCAGAAGACUUUGGAACCAUGAAAAUUACUUGUAAGAUAAGAAAUCAAACUAAUUAUGCUAGUAUCGCUCAAACUAAAAAAUCAAGAGGCUAUGAUGGUUAGAAGGGAAGGGCACCUUCUCCAUGUUUGUCGGUGUACUGGAAUGCUUGAACCAAACGCAGUGUCUCAUCCACAGAUCUACCCACAGGAAGGUCGUUCAGAGUAAUCUGUCUUAGGAUUCCUUUGUCAUCAAUAAUGAAGAGACCUCUGUAAAACAUAAGAAUGGUAAAGGUGAGGACAUUUGUUCCCAGUCAAGAAGAAAAAUAUUAGUUAACAUGAAUCCCUGUACCGCUCACACAGAAGGAUGUUAUACAGAACCAAAAACUCACUACUUACCUACUUGACUGGUAUGCACAUGCACACACCCCCAUACCCACACUUAUCUACUGUAUAUUUUGGGAUUAUCACUGUUAAACGGUAGCUUUAAUAAUUUGUUUUUGUCUAUGAAAUGUACUGUAGUAUUAUCAGUUGAAUCUUGACGUGUACUAGGUUUGGGAUUGUACUGUAAAUGAAAUGAUUAAACUACCUAGCAAAGCCUUCCUUUGGGUGAAGGAGUGAUCCAUGUUUCUUAUCACUGGCUGUUUAGAAUGUCUUUGUAUUUCCUUUUUCAGUGGUGGAAAAAGAUAAAGUCACCAAUAUGAAGUUGCCUUUCCUUCUGAAUCUUUCUAUAUGUGAUUCACUACUAAGGCCUGGGGAAUAAUGAGAUAGUUCGACCUAAAAGACCUGCUAUUGAGAUCGGGGUGGCACUUUAAGAGUUAAAGUAUACUAGAGAUAAAAAUUGUCAAAGGAUUUUACUAUCUAUUUAUUUCAGUCAAUAUGGAUUUCAACCCAAUACUUACUUUGGAUUAGAAAAGGAUCUCGGGUACUAGGGCUAAUUGCUUGUGUACAAGUAUUAAAAUAAUGAUGAUAUAUAUAUAUUUAGUAGAAAUACAUGGCAUUACAUAUCUAUUACAUGAAAUCUUAUUCCAUAAUCAUGUUAAACAUUACUGAAGUGUUCCUCCUCAUUCUACAACACCUGUUUUGAAUGAGCAACUUAACGUCUGAACUAACUAGGGCUCAAUCUCCUUAGACCAGAUCAACUUGGCCAAACUCAGGCAACAUUGUUAAUUACUACUCAUAUGGGUAUCCUUUCAUGUACUACUUUUACAGUUGAAAAUUCUCAUCAAAGGUGAUCAAGUCUGUUCUGAAGUAAGUGACCCUGAUGGGAAAUUUUGACCUUGCCUCUGUAAGGCACAUCAUACCAACACACACCACACAAAAACAAAUCUGCCUUUUCUUUGGUAGCAAAUUGUAGCUUCUGUUUUCUGUUCUGAUUGUGUGAACUGCUUCUUUGGUAGACUAUGAGACUAAGGCAUUUGCCAUACUUGGUGUAAUAUGUAUAUAUGUCUCUUCCACAGAACAGAGACAGGUCAUUCUUACAAAAAGUAUGAAAUUAAAAUGGCAACAGACAUCUCAAUAACAGCCCCAGAAGCUAAAGGUAUCAGGGCAAUGCUUUCAAAUGUCCACAGGAAAAUGUCUUUCAAUCUAGAAUUCUACACCCAGCCACAUUAUUAAUCAAGCAUGAGAGCAGAAUAAAAACAUUUUCAGACACUGAAGGCCCUCAAGCAUUUUACCUUCCAAUGACCUUAUAUUAGGAAGCUAUGAGGAUGUGCUUCACCAUAACAAAGGAUUACAUAAAGAAGGCAGGCAGGCAUGGGAGCCAGAAAAUUGGGUAUCUAAUAGAGAAGAGGUGAAGGAACGUCCCAGGAUGCUGGUGCAUAAAGUGCUAGGACAACAGCUAUGUAGCAGGCCUAGCGAGCCAUCAGUCUGACUGGAAGCAGGAGGAUGGAGGAAAAAAACUGACAGAGGAAAAAUGCAGUACUUAGAGGGGUUACAAUCCAGGUGUGGAAUUUAGGAAUAAUUAGUGAUGGAUAUAUAGAAAACUAAGGGAAUGAAAGAAAUGAAGUAGUUUAUUAGCUACAAGAAAAUAAAAAUAUCUGCCACAGGGGAAGGUAAUCUUCAGCACACUACACUUAAAAGCUUAGCAGUGAAUAUUUAUAUAAACACUGAAUAUUGACUUAAUCCAAAAUUGUGACACAUUAUACUGGGAAAAUUAAUUUGGGGAUGAUGUAAGAAAGAUAAAGUCCUAUUUACCAUGAAAAAUAAUAGCAAAAUUGAUAUAUCCAGGAGAUGUAUUAUAUAAGAUACUAUUUAGAAAUAUGGAGUCACAUAAUGCAAGCAGUAGCUAAAGGGCUGAAAGUAGCUUCCUCCAUGAAGCAGGGCUAAGAGUAAGGAGAGGACUGUUUAAGAAAAUGUGACUUAAAAACUAUGUGCAUAUAUUACUUUGAUGAAAAUAAAAAAUUAAAAAAACAAACUUGGUUCAAAUCACAUAAAAUAGCUAAUAUUAGAUAAUUUUACUUGGUUAAUGUUCAAAUAAUUCUAAAUUUUAAAAGUGCCUCAAUCUUUUUAGUGGCAUAUUUACUCUUCGGGAGUUAACUUAGUAAUAAACUCUAGGCAGAAACCAUUACAGACUUGGCAAGUACCAAAAAAAAAAAAAAAAAAAAAAAAAGAGAGAAAGGAACUUGGUAGUGACACAUGAUACAAUAUGGAUGAACCUUUUUUGAAAACAUUGUGCUAAGUGAAAGAGGCUAGUCAUAAAAGAGCAGAUACUGUAGGAUUCCAUUUCUAUGAAAUGUCCAGAAUAGGCAACUCGAAAGACAUAAAGUAGAUUAGUGGUUGUGUAGGGCUAGGGGAGGGGGACUGGGUGAAACGGGGAGUGACUGCUAAUGGGGAUGGGAUUUCUUUUUGGAGCAAUGAAAAUGUUCUGAAAUUGAUUGUGGUGAUGGUUGCACAACUCUGUGAAUAUGCUAAAAACCACUGAAUUGUAUGCUUUAAAUGGGUGAGUUGUAUGGUACGUGAAUUAUAUCUCAAUAAAGCUGUUACAUGAAA